UGCCCCAGCUCCACCUAGCCCUCCCCUCUCCUAAGUACCAGCUGGUCUCCAGGAGACACUCAAAGUUGGCACAUUACUGGCAACUGCUCAGCUCCUCAGGGCAACACAGAAGGUUUAAAAAGGAUGACCCAGACCCUGUCCGGGACACAAGAAGGGAGAAAAUCCUGGUUUAAGCUCUCUUCUGAAACAAAAAGUACAAGAAGUCAAAGCCUGAGGGGAAUACCAGGGACCCUGUAGCUGUAGAUGUGUGUCCAAAUCUGUCCCCUUGCUUCUACCUGAUGAAUGAAUGACCUUGGGCUUAACCAUGGUGGGCUGUCUUUACUGAUCCAUGAAGAGAUAUUCAUAAGGCACCUGGCAGAAGCUUGCCUGCGGAACACCAGUCUUGCCUACUCCUGUCUCCUCACAUCAACAAAAGUCACUUCCUUUCACUGAUGUUUUGAGUAGCUGACAACCCUGGACAGUCAGGCGGGAGUGGAGAAGAAAUAGAGAAAGGGAGGGAGGAAGGAAGAAAGAGAGCGGAGAAGGGUUAACGCUGACCCCAAGCCAUUCUUCACUUCAACAGGAUGAGAGUGGCAGGUCUGAUUCGUGUUGUGGUCUUCAUCUUCACUGUGGUCACCAUGUGGGUCUUCCUCCGCAACUACACCAACUUCAGCAGGAAAACCAUCCGUCUGCCACGCUGGCUGGGCAUGGCCCCCAAAGAGAUCCAGACCCCAAAGUUCAAGUGUGGGCUCAGCAAGACCUGCCUAAACAACUUCUUCGCAUUUAAAAUCAGCAGUGGAGCUGCCAAUGUUGUGGGUCCCUCCAUGUGCUUUGAAGAUGAAAUUAUCAUGAGUCCUGUGCGAAACAACGUGGGCAGAGGCCUGAACAUUGCUCUGGUGAAUGGAACUACCGGCCAUAUGAUGAAAAAGGGCAGCUUUGACAUGUACUCUGGAGAGCCCCAACUCCUGCUGGACUUCCUUAAAGAAAUUCCAGAUAGCACCCUGGUGCUGGUAGCCUCCUAUGAUGACCCAGGGACCAAAAUGAAUGACAAAAUCAGGACGCUCUUCUCCAACCUGGGGAGUUCCUAUGCCAAGCAGCUGGGCUUCCGGGACAGCUGGGUCUUUAUAGGUGCGAAAGACCUCAAGAGUAGAAGCCCAUAUGAGCAGUACCUAAAGAACAACCCAGAAACAAACAAGUAUGAAGGAUGGCCGGAGCUACUAGAGCUGGAGGGCUGCGUGCCACGGAAAGUAAUGUAGGGUAACCUUGGCCCUUUCUGGCCCAGGGAGCCAAAGAAACGCCCAACUGACUUGAGAGCAGAACCCAGGAGUGCUGGGUCUGUGCUGACAGGAGCCGACUGGGAGGAAGAAAGGAGAAGCCAUAUGGGAUGCUCUGAUCAUCUCCUACACAAAGUGACUCACUUCCCCUCUAAGGAAGCAGCAGCCUCCCACUGCCCCGUGGUGACCAACUUGAGGAUGGGCAGCCUUGGGGCCUGUGGAACCGGCUGUGAUGGAGAGAAGACGACCUUCCGAGACUGCCCGUGCUUGUCUCCAGAAGGACUGGCUGUCUACACUUACUUGAGCAGGAUUAAAUUCUAUUUUUGCUGAU